AAAACCUCGAGAUGGAAAACUAUGGCAAUGAAAUAGGACAGAAAAUGAGAAGUGCCGUCAAGGCAAAACUACAAGAAUUGGGAACAGGAGGGUCUGCUGGGUACAUUGACGAUGAACUUCCGGACUAUGUUAUGAUUAUGGUUGCCAACAAGAGGAGCAAGCAGCAAAUGAUAUCGGAUCUCAACUUAUUUUUGGGCAGCCAAACAGAGCUUUUUGUAACCUGGCUUCACGAAGUUCUGCAAAAGCUGCAAGAAGUAACACUGCCGGCCAUAAGUGCCUCUUUAUCAAAAAAACGCAAGUCUUCACACAAAGAAGACACGACUACAACAACGUCUUCAUCAUCUAAAAAGGAAAAGAAACAAAUCAAAAAGGAAAAGAAUCCAGUUAAGAAAUCCAAGGAAACGGUUGAAAGUCCCGACAAAAAUAUUACCGGUAAAACAAGCAGUUCCAUUCGAGACAUAUUUGCCGAAGAGUUAUUGGAAAAGGCAAAGCAUGACAUCAGUGCUACAACUGAUAUCGCCCAGAAUAUUAAGAAGCAUAAACACAAGCCAGCAUUGGAGGAAGAUGAUAGCAAUUCUGAAAUACCAAGGGAAACGCAAGACUUUGACAUACCCACAAUAUCGGAGAUAUCUUCCACAACUGGAGCCGUGACCGCAAAGACAUCUGAAAAAGAACCCAAAAUCAUAUCGGGAAAUCGAGAGAAAGACUUGGCAGAAUUGGCGGAAAUUCAGAAAAAGAUUUACGCUGCUAAGAAGCAGUUAAAACAAAUCGGAGAAUUGGAUGACGAUGAGUACGAUGAAGACUUUAUUACCCUGCGAGAUGAUGAGAGUAGAGAAACUUUUAGCGAACCAGUAGACAGUCAAAGAACACCACCAACUAACUCACAACGCACUAAAGUUAAGAGUCCCAUUGUAUUCGAUAAGGAUGACAAGCAAAAAGGAAAAAAUAUCGAUCGGGAAGACGAUAAACGCAGUCGCUUUACACCGCCUUUUACAGCGUUGGCAGCUAACACUCGAAACAAUAGUCCUCCUAGGGACGAGGUGUCUGAGAAACCUAAGCGACCAGUACACGAACGUCUUGGUUUAAAAAGUCCAGGUACGUCUUCUAAGGACACAUCCCGUGAUAGAAGGAAAAACUUGCAAGAAAAAGAACUUUACGUGCCUGCUUUCCGCCGCAAAGAAAUGGAAAGGGAAAAGGCGCGUGAUGUGAACCGAGAUCUGAGCCGAGAAAGGCCGUACAGGGGACGGGAAAGGGACAGGGACUCUGACCGACGUACAGAAAGGUCUAGAGAAAGUGAUGGUAACCAGUCGAGAGGGCGAUCGCGAGUACGUAGGUCAGUUGAAGACAGGGACCGGAGACGAGGAACACCAGAGAAAAUUGAAAUACGAAGUUCUAGUCAAGUGGGAAAAAUAAGCACAACUACGCUUAGCAGCAGUUCCGAUCAGAAUUCGCCGGAUGCUAAUUCUUCGCGGAAUCGUAUUGGAUCGAGAGUAAUAGUCGCCCCUUCUAAAUUUAUGGAGCCCUCCGAUGAGGAGGACUUGACAGAGAAACCUGUGAAUUCGGUAAUCAAAAUUAAACCUCGAACUGCGGUGUCGCCCAGUAAGCAGGCUCCGAAAAAUUUGCUUUUGCGAGCUGUUGCUGAAGCACAAAAAUCCACUAUUCUGAAAAGACUCAAUACUUCAAAGCCAAAAAUAAGUGCACGCUUAGGCGACAAAGUUGUGCCGGAGCGCAGCACCAAGCUAUAUACAAAAUCAUUUAGGGACCGACGAAAGUCUACUGCAAGCGUGGGAGCAAUUUUUUCUCGUACAGCCCAGAAUUUAAUUGUUGAAGUAAAUGGAAGAUCUAAAGAAAGACACACUUCAAAUUUGGGAGAACACGCCGAUGAGGAAUAUAUACCGGAGAUCGUUUCUGAUAAGGGUGAAUCAGAUCCGGAUUUGGUGUAUGUGCCGCAAACUAUAAAACCACGCAAACCACUUGAUGACGAAGAAAAUUGGACCACAGCCGAUUCGGAUAGCUGCUACGAACAUAUAGAUUUAGUGGAGGCAGAACAGGACCAUCGUACUCCAGACCAAAAUACACAGUUCGUAGUCACGUUAAACGAAGAGAACACUUUCCCCAAGUUAAAGUGCCGUGGCAGUUCACGUUACUCGACAUCGCCACCGCCACAAGUUACGUCAUCUUCAAAUAUUGCCAAAGAUCGUGAAAAAUAUCCGGAACCAACUUCAACUUCCAAUUCGUAUUCGGGACGCAAAGCAAGCGUGAAGGGUAGGUUUUCCAGCAAAUCCUCGUCUCACGAUAACGAGUCUUCGCCAUUUGUGGCAGAGGGUAGCACAACGCCCCCAAGGCGUACAGAAUUGAUAGAAGUCUAUCGAAAACCAAAAGAAGUCAAGAAGAUUAUCAUAAAAAAUGAUUCCGAAGACGAUGAAAUGAGCCCAACAAAAAAGCGUUCCCCUGAACAAGAAAAUAGCAAAAAACACACAUCGAAAGAAUAUGAAAAAAAGUCGAAUACACCACCAUUGAAGUCGUCGGGUCGGCCAAAAGAAUCUCUAACACCAUCAAAGCGUAAACAUGCUCCAAUUAAAUUUGAUUUGGAUGCCGACCAUAAAGAUGCGAAGGAGAAAGAAAUUAAAAGGGAAGAUAGUCCAGUUCCAACCAAGAAACGGCGGUCACCAUCCAGAGACAGAGACCAGAGCAGAGAUAGAACUAGGGAUCGUGAACGGGCAACUUCCCACGAAAGGCGCGAGGAGAAACGGAAAAUAUCUAUACGAAAUAAUGAAGCAAAGAAAUAUGAAAAUGUACCCAGUUCAUUGAGCUCUGUUCCAGUAGAUUCGUCGGCCUAUCGCAAUAUCAAGCCCAAAGAAAGGUGCAAAUACCAUCCAAAUUGCACCAAGACUUUUUGCGAAUUCUACCAUCCGACGGCACCUUGCAAGUCGUUUCCAAACUGCAAAUAUGCCGACAAGUGUAUGUACUCGCACCCAAAAUGCAAAUACGAUUUGGCCUGUGUUAAUUUGGAUUGCAACUUUUCACACAGUGGACCAAGAAGUUCGAGUCUUCUUGAACCUACAGCUCCGCCACUUUCCUCUUCUGUGGUACCGGUACAAAAUUACAAAUCUAUAUCGUCGACUGUAGUUGCAGGACCUGUAUCAUCGACAACUUGCAAAUUUUUCCCCAAUUGCACCAAAUCUGCUUGUCCGUUCUAUCAUCCAAAACCAUGUCGCUAUGGCAAGAAUUGCAUAAACAAGUUGGAGUGUUUAUUCUAUCACCAUGAAGUACUCAGCAGCAGCAAAUUCAAAUGGGUGGCAUCCAACUGAACUGGGAAUAG